GGAUGGGCUCGCAGGUGCUGCAGAUCUUCCGCCAGGGAGUGUGGGCCUCGCUGACUGGCGGCUGGUACUUCGACCCGCACCAGAGCAAGUUCUCCAACUGCUUCCACCUCUACGUCUGGCUCUUUCUGCUCUGCUUCCCCUUCUUGCUCUUCAUGGCUUUGCCACCAAGCACCUCUAUUGCUGGCAUCUACUGUGCCAUCGUUGCCCUCUUCUUCACCAUGGUCAAGUCUAUCAACUACCGCCUGCAUGCCAUGUUUGACGAAGGGGAGAUCGUGGAGAAGAAGAAUUCCCCUCUCACCGUGGACGGUGCCAAGCUUGAAGAGUGCGAUCCAGGGGGUGGUGAAGACAGCAGCACCAUCAGGGACCCGGGCGGAGGAGUGGAGAUGACGGUGUUUCGGAAGAAUAACAGUACUCCGCCUGUGCGAUGCAGCUCGCAACAUUCUGUCUUUGGCUUCAACCAGGUGUCGGAAUUGUUGCCUCACCUGGAAGACAGUGGAACCACUAAAGGGAUCAGAGAAUUGGUCCGUGAACAAGGCAGUAAAAACGUAAUUGUCACAUCAGCUGACAGAGAGUUAUUAAAAUUGAACAUGCUGGAUACAGCAGAUCCACCGACGCCACAAGCGACCAACGAGGGCCCGCUGCCCCUUGAGGUGGGCAUGCUGGAUGCGUGUGCGUCGGGCAAAAGACUGCCCUCGCUCCCCGCCCAGGCAAUGCUGCCCUCGUGUCGGGGCCUGGAGCCUGCCUCCCCUACCUCUUCCUGCGACACUACCCAGCGCCCGGUGGUGCCCGACCCUCGGGUGUACCCCUUGCCCCUCAGCCUGCUGGAGCAGAUCGGGAGCUGGCACCCCAGUGAGUCCGGGAACCUGUGCGGCACCUUGCUGGGCCCCCUGCUGUGCGACCGCCUCGUCGGAGACCACGCCGCCAAGGCACCCGCCCAGCCGCCGACCGGCAGCAGCGCCAGGGGCGACGAGGGCAGCGGCGGGCAACCCGGGGCGCUGGGCGCCCAGGAGCCAGCGGACGGCCUCGACGGGAUGGGCGCCAAGGCGGCUGGCUCCACCGACAGCUGCUUCAGCGGCACCGACCGGGAGACGCAGAGCACCGUCAGCAGCUACCGGAGCGAGAAGACCAGCUCCACCCGCCUGGAGAGCCCGUCGCUCACCCCCCGGCCGGAGGCAGAGGCCGGGCCACAGGGCGCCCGUGGGCAGCAGGGGGAGCUGGCCACCGCCAAGGCGGGCAGCGACACGGACAACUUCUCAGACAGCGAAAUGGCCGCCACGCCCGACCUCAGUGACCCGGGCGACGGGAGCUCGCAGUUCACCUUCGUCGGCCCCGGCGACGAGCGCCUGGCGGGGGGAGGAGAUGACCCCUUGACCUCCUGGCUGACUGACAAGCUGACCACCCCCUUGCCCGCCACCUUGGCGUCCGGCGGCCAGGCCGAAGGUGGCCAGCCCGCCCUGAUGGAGGCCGAGAGGGUGGUGAGGCCCAAGGAUUUGAACUUGCUGCGGCGAGGCUCGGCCCGCCGCUCGGGCAGGAAGAAGGCAGCCAAGAAGCAUGGCGGCAGCGCCGGCAGCUUUGAUUACCGGCGGGAGUACGCGCCGGUCAGGACAGCCCUGGGCACCAAGGCCUACAGCGAGAGCUUCUUCGAGGACGAGGACUCGAGCGACCAGAGCGACCUCAGCCACACCUCCAGCCUCCGCUCGCAGCCCAACUACAGCAGCUCCUCCAGCUCCUCCAGCGUCACCUCGCAGUCCUGCUCCUCGCCUGACGCUGCCCGGCACAAGGGCCGGCGGGCCGCCCGGCGCCCGACGCGCUCCGAGUCCGAGCCCGUCGCCGCCGCCGCCGGCCCUCCCCCGCCGGCCCCCGAUGCCGCCUUCGCUCAGCGGGCGCCUCCCGGCGCCAAGAUGCACGCCCGGGUGCUGAGCAUGGACAGCGGAGGCGGGCACGCGGACCAGGCCCCUGGGACCGGCAGCUCCCGCACGCUGACCGCCUCCAAGUCGGACCUGGAGGCCCGAGAGGGUGAGCCGCGCUGGCGGGAACGCUUCUCCCGGCGCCUGGAAUCCAUUGGGAGCGCGUGGAGCCAGUCGGAGGGGGCAGUGGGAGGAGCUCCAGCCCCUGAAGAAACUGGGAAGCGGGAUCUCAGCAGCAGUGUGAAGAGGACACAGGCGAUGAGGCGAAGGCACAACGCAGGCAGUAACCCAACACCGCCACCCUCCAUCAUGGGUUCUCCGCCCAGCCUGCAGGACAUCCAGCGGAACCGGACAGCUUCCCAGUCACGGACCCACGCACUACCAGCGGCCCUGCAGUUCGCCAGCUCGCUGCUGCUCCCUCGAGGCCCUGUGCAUGAGGCUUCCAACUUCGAUGACACCUCGGAGGGAGCAGUUCACUACUUCUACGACGAAGCUGGUGUCCGCAGGUCCUACACCUUUGGCCCGACGGGAGGUGGCUACGAGAAUCCAGUGGGACAGCAAAUGAGCCUGGAACAUGUCUCCAACAACGCAUGGGACCAUCAAUCCCACUCUUCCAGCUUCACCUCUGCCGACGUUCCGGAGGGAAUGCCAGCGCUGUCGCUCCUCCAGCCCCGGCCAGUGGUACUUCAGGGAAUGCAGGUCCGUCGGGUGCCGUUGGAAAUUCCUGAGCUGGAUUUUCUGGAUCAGGAAUCCCUCCACGAAUCCCAGGAGAACACACUCAUGAUUGAGGAGAAGACCAGGAACAAACAAUACUACAAGUUCUGGCUGCUACCCUGGAAGUGGAUGCGCAUCCGUUACGACCGACUGGCAUUGCUGGCCUUGCUGGACAGAAACCGACAGGCCUGUGAAAACGUCGUGGCUGUUGUCCUAGCUGCCCUGGUCGCUUUCUUGGGCUUCAUGCUGCUCCUGGAGGGCUUCUUCCAGGACAUCUGGGUGUUCCAGUUCUGCCUUGUCAUCGCCAGCUGCCAGUACUCGCUGCUGAAGAGUGUUCAGCCAGAUGCAGCCUCUCCAAUGCACGGUCACAACUGGAUUAUUGCGUACAGCCGGCCGGUCUACUUCUGCAUGUGCUGCGCGCUGAUCUGGCUCUUUGACCUUGGCAGCCGGAGCGACCACCUGCAGCCCAUCAACCUGUAUGGAAUCACUCUCUUCUCUGCCCAGUCCUUUGCCUGCGCUCGGGAUGUGGUGAUCGUUUUCACGCUGUGUUUUCCCGCCAUCUUCCUCCUCGGCCUCCUGCCUCAAGUCAACACUUUCUUUAUGUACUUGUUGGAACAGCUGGACAUACACGCCUUUGGGGGCACUGCUACAACCAGCCCCAUAUCCGCACUUUACAGCUUUGUCCGCAGUCUGCUGGUUGCUUCCCUCCUAUACGGAUUCUGCUUCGGGGCCGUGAAGGUUCCUUGGGAAGCCCAGCAUGUGCCAGUUUUGUUUUCCGUCUUCUGUGGCCUUUUAGUCGCACUCUCAUACCACCUCAGCCGUCAGAGCAGUGAUCCCACCACCCUCUGGGCCCUGAUCCGGUCCAAGUUUUUCCCACAAUUGGACAAUCGUAAUCCUGAGGAUCCACUGCUGGAAAUCCAGGAUCCGCUCCCAGCAAAACUGAAGAACUCAUUGAGAGAGAUCCUUCACUCAGACCUGGUCAUGUGCCCAGUGAUCGCCAUCAUAACCUUUGCAAUCAGUGCCAGCACGGUUUUCAUUGCACUUCAGCCGGUCCUGAGUUACGUGCUCUACGCGCUGGCUGGCCUGGUUGGCUUCCUGACGCACUACCUCCUCCCACAGCUCCGCAAGCAGCUCCCGUGGUGCUGUCUGUCCCACCCGAUGCUGAAAUCCCGAGAGUACAGCCAGUUCGAGGUCAGAGAUGCAGCCCAGCUGAUGUGGUUUGAGAAAGUCUACGCCUGGCUGCAGUGCAUGGAGAAGUACUUCAUCUACCCGGCUGUCAUCCUCAGUGCCCUCACCACAGACGCCAGUGCCGUCAGCAGCCGCCACAAGCUGGGCAAAUACAGUGACCCACUGUUUAUGACAGUGGCCGGCCUGAAGCUCCUGCGUUCCUCUUUCUGUUGCCCCUGCCAUCAGUAUGUGACCCUCAGCUUCACCGUCCUCUUCUUCCGCUUCGACUAUAGUCACUUCUCCGAGACCUUCCUGCUUGACUAUUACUUCAUGUCCAUCAUCUGCAGCAAGCUCUGGGACUUGCUGUACAAGCUACGUUUUGUGCUGACGUACAUUGCCCCUUGGCAGAUCACGUGGGGUUCUGCAUUCCACGCCUUCGCCCAGCCGUUCGCUGUCCCUCACUCUGCGAUGCUUUUCGUCCAGGCUGUGCUCUCAGCCCUCGUCUCCACCCCUUUAAAUCCACUCCUCGGCAGCGCUGUAUUCAUCACCUCCUAUGCCAGGCCGGUGAAAUUUUGGGAGCGAGAUUACAACACCAAGCGAGUCGACCAUUCCAACACUCGACUGGCCACGCAACUGGACAGGAACCCAGGAGCAGACGACAACAACCUCAACUCCAUUUUCUACGAGCACCUGACCCGCUCGCUGCAGCACAGCCUGUGUGGGGACCUGCUCCUGGGCCGCUGGGGUAGCCACGCCAUGGGCGACUGCUUCAUCCUGGCCUCGGACUACUUGAACGCCUUGGUUCACCUGAUUGAGAUUGGCAAUGGGAUCGUCACCUUUCAGCUCCGAGGCCUGGAGUUCCGAGGCACCUACUGCCAGCAGCGGGAGGUGGAGGCCAUCACGGAGGGGGUGGAGGAAGACGAGGGCUGUUGCUGUUGUGAGCCCGGCCACCUACCCCACAUGCUCUCCUUCAACGCCGCCUUCGGACAGCGCUGGCUGGCCUGGGAGGUCGCAGCCACCAAGUACGUCCUGGAAGGCUACAGCAUCAGUGACAACAACGCAGCCUCCAUGCUGCAGGUGUUCGACCUCCGCAAGAUCCUCAUCACUUACUACGUGAAGAGCAUUGUCUACUACGUCAUCCGCUCUCCGAAGCUGGAGGAGUGGGUGAACAACGAAGCGAUUCAGGAGGUGCUGCGACCAUGCUCCAACCCCACAUACGCCGACAGCGACCCCACCUUCAACCACAACAUCGAUGAAGACUACGACCACCGCAUGCAGGGCAUCUCCCUGGCCUCGUUUUGCAACAUCUACCUGGACUGGAUCCAGUACUGCGCCAGCCGGCGAGACAAGUCUGUGGAGAGCGACAGGAAUUCUCACCUGGUGACCUUAUGUUUCGGACUCUGCAUCCUGGGCCGGAGAGCGUUGGGGACGGCCUCGCACAGCAUGUCGGCCAGCAGUCUGGAGCCAUUCCUAUACGGGUUGCACGCCCUGUUUAAAGGGGAUUUCCGGAUCACCUGCCCCCGGGAUGAGUGGGUCUUUGUCGACAUGGAGUUGCUGCAGAAGGUGGUGGCCCCUGGGGUCCGGAUGUCACUGAAACUGCAUCAGGACCACUUCACCUCCCCCGACGAGUACGACGACCCGGCCGUGCUGUACGACGCCAUCACCAGCAACGAGGAGAAGAUGGUGAUCUCCCACGAGGGCGACCCAGCCUGGCGCAAUGCCAUCCUCACCAACACCCAGUCGCUGCUGGCACUGCGGCACGUGAUGGAUGAUGGCAGCGACGAGUACAAAAUCAUCAUGCUCAACAAGCGAUACUUGAGCUUUCGUGUCAUCAAGGUGAACCGGGAGUGUGUGCGGGGCCUGUGGUCAGGGCAACAGCAGGAGCUGGUGUUCCUGCGGAACCGUAACCCCGAGCGGGGCAGCAUCCAGAACGCCAAGCAGGCCCUGCGCAACAUGAUCAACUCCUCGUGCGACCAGCCCAUCGGCUACCCGAUCUACGUCUCACCGCUGACCACCUCGUACGCCAGCCAGCACAGUCAGCUCCGCAGCAUCUGGGGGGACCCCAUCAGCCUGAGGAACAUCUCCAGCUGGUUCAUCUCCAGCUGGGAGAGGCUGCAGAAGGGAUGUGGCGCCGGCUGCAACAGUGGAGGUAACAUCGAGGACUCAGACUGCGGUGGAGGCUCCUCUUCCAUCAGCAACAACCCAACAGUGCACGUGACCCACAGCAGCACAUCGCAGAGCGGAGUGGGGGCUUUAAACCCCCAGGGGCCUGUUGCCACCAGCCAGCCUCAGCCAGGAAGCGACGUGAACUCUCAGCCGGGACCACCAUGGACUGUUCGGCCGCAGCCUCUCCAGCUAUCGCUCUUAGCCCAAUCGGAGCCUCGGCGAGAGAGCAGCAAUUCCUUACAAAGGACUUCCUCCAUCCAGGGACUCCUCGGUCAGCGGCUGUCGUCCAGCCAACUUUCAUUCAACAGCUCGCUGGUCUCCAUGGCCUCGCAGGGGGACCGCUUCCCGACGGGCACUCAGCUGGACGGCUCGGGGCCCGUCCGGGUCCUCCACCGGGCUGGCUUGGCCACCUCGGUCAAUUUCACCUACGAGGGGCCCCAUGGCAAGUGGAGCCUGCCAGGCCGGAGAGGGCCCAACGGGCCACCAAGCGCUGACUGGGACAACGGCUCCGGGACCCAGUCCAACGGCAGCGCAAUGGGAACGCCAGCCAAAGGAAGCCUGCCAAGAUCCCAGGCACCUUGUCACCAGCCGUGCGACUUGAGCCAAGUCCCCGAAGCAAAUGGUUCUUCACCGAGAUCGGAGCAGGUACCAGCAGACACCACCCCACUGGCCAGAGGAGGGAGCCACGACUUGAAGGACUGGGAGCAGAAGGAGGAGCCAGAGACCACGGCAGCGCAGUCACUGCUGGACCACCAGUUCUAACCGAGGGAGGAGCGCAGGGGGCACAGUGGAGCCUCCGGUUGAAGUGCUGCUUCUCUCUCUCCGUCUCUCCGUACGUGGCGCUCGUGAGAAGCCUUUGAAUUAAAGACGAGACCGUGUUUGGGGGGGUUGAGGAGCAUCCACUGAUGGCUGGCGGGCCGCCAGCCUCUCUUGCCGCAAGGGCUCGCCGGAGACGUCGGCGCCUGGAUUUCACCCGACAACUGCCUUGUUGGGCCCGCGGCCGGUGCUGUAAGUCACUGAGACCCCUGAAGAGCUUGGCCGGCCCGAAGCCUUCCCUCCAGCUACACCAACUCUCAUAAUCCAAACACUGAAUGGAUUAGCGGCCUGGUGCCCGAGGACUUGUGGAGCCCAACUGACAGGGCAACAGCUGAGACAGGUAGAGGUAAUAACGCAAGUUCCUUCCGCCUCAGUUGCACAUUUUUUUUCUUCUUGUUUUCAAGCCCCCCCUCACCCCACCCUUUUCGUCAGUCAGGUACUGUGUUCUCCCCGUCACCCCAUGGACAUGGAGUGCGAGUUGGCAGUGAGUUCAGUUCAGUCCGACUGUGGCGUGUGGUUUAAGUGAAUGAUUGGCCAUGUGGCUUUUUGCUGCCUGUGAGGUUUCCUGUAGGUGUUCUCCCCUUUACCAGCUGCUUCUGUCUGAAAGGGCAAACCUCCUUGAAGCUAUGGGACUAAGUGAGAUGAUCUGCCACAGGCUUCCAGCACAGUUCCUCCUCCUCCUCCUCCUCCAUUUGAACCAGCCACGGUCAAUCAAGCACAAUGCUGCAGAUACCAGUUCUCUUUAUUUUUGCAGAUCCCUUUGGCCUGGGAGCUUUGUAGAAAGGUCCAGGGUGGAUGUGGUGGGGAGGAGGCCCUUGUUCUUCAGCUAGCUUGUACCUGGCGAGAAGGGUUCUCCUGAAGGGAUGCCACAGACCAAAAUCUGACCAGGCCCCUUCACGUUUCCUUUCGAUCACCAGCGCCUUUGGGCCUGUUCGCAAGAGGCCAUUUCACUGUGGUAGGUACCUUAGCCAACGUGUCACCAUAUUGGUGCGUCGUGGGGGUGGUGGUGGCGGGGUUGAGGGGAGCACGGGAGCUGAGUCCAAUCCUGCCCAACUGCACGAGAGUAGAGGGCCACAAUUGAGAUUUAUAUCCUCCCCUGACUCUCCACCUCCCACGCCCCUCUAGUCCAGUAGCUCUUAAGGUCAGUUGUACCGUCUGUUCCUAUCAGAGCUGAGGUCAGUAAACCCUGUGCAGCCUAGGGGGGAUUGAACCUACCACCUUGCCUUGGGAUCGACAGAACAGUUUCGAAAUUUCAACCUCUCUUUCUCCCCAGCACCCCCCACCCCCCGGCCUUGGUCUUUGGGACGGUCUGGCGUCACUGGCAAGGCCAGCAUUUGUUGCCCCGUCCUCUGACUGCCCUGGGAGGGGGCGGCGGUCAAGGGCACUUAUCCAAAGGGAAUUACCGCACAGUCAGGCCUCGAAGGGAUUACGUUGAAGCUCAUAGACCUCGAGGAUUGGGGGGCUGUGGAAGGAGCCUGGGGAGGGGGAUCCCUUGCUGCCACCUCUACCAGUCGCUGACCACCGCUCGACAGUCCUGGUAUGCCUCGAAUCUUGCGCCUGAGCCAACGUUCUAGUUGGGGAGUCAUGCUAGAUAUUUGAUUUAAUACUCUGCUUUAAAGCGUGCUUUCUAAUCAAACAAAACUUGAGCUAGAGGGUUUUUUUUUAAAUUGUUAAUCUCUGAAAUGAAAUGGCUCAUGAUUGUAUCGGGAAUGUUGACAGCCCCUGUCUCUGACCAACCUUUGCAUUCGGAGCGAGUGCCGUGCCCAGCACAGUCCUGGGCCCAAGACGGUGAUGCCUUGGUAGCGAAUGCUUCAGUAGAGAGAUGGAUUUUUGAUCAGUGUGAAAGAGUGGUGAUGGAGUGAAGGUUUGGGGUGGUCCAUCAUUUUAUAAGGUUUGACUUUGGACAUCAGUUCAUUAUAUUGGGGGAUCUCCAUGAGGUGUACAUUUAUAUCUUGUCGCAAGUGUUCCUUCUCGAAAGGCUGACAAGGCGGAGUCUGAAGAGGGAAUCCAAUUCUAGCAGGAGAGUUCUUUCUUCCAAACCCUUUCACUUCCCCUCCCCCAUUUUAAAAUUCUUGCACAUUUCCUGUGAUCAUUUUUGAUCAUGCUUUUCUUCCCCCUCCCACCAUUACUUGCAUCAAAAUUCCCCAUUUGUUUUUUCCAAUGUCAACGAUCACGGUGCAGUUCUGAGCUUUGGCCACCAGCGCCACCAGCUGGCUCUGCGGAGUACAUUUUGGAAUUCUCUCCUGCACAACUCUGCCAUCUUGUGUAUACAAAAAUACUUCUUUCUGAACACAACAUGGCCAUUUAUGAAAAUUUACAUAUAUUUUAAAAAGCAUUUUUAGUGUCAUAGUUCUAACACUUCCCCUAAGUGCACACAACCAGGUCAGGUUUCCUCACUGCCAGACUCGACUCCUCAAUGACAGGUAGCCCUGGAAGUGAUUGAAACUUGGCUAUUCUUAAAGCUUAAUUGAUUCUUAAGCAUUGAUUUAACAAUGGGGAAGAUCCUUAACAGAGCUAUCUAUCUGUUUUUAGUUUUAGUACUUGUGUGUGUCACCACCGCUCCGUAUAUGGCCACCGAGAUUGCUUUCCCUCCCCACAUCCAGUGAAAGAUUCCUGCCUAUUGAUCUAACACCAUUCAUAAAAUCGUGCAGCACCAUUUGGCCCAUUGUGCCUGUGCUCGUUGUUUGAAAGAGCUACAGGUUUGGUCCCAUUCUCCCCUCUCCCCACUGAACAACAUUUAUCUGGGGCCCUGCUGAAUUAGGGGUCUCUGCCUCUGUGUGUCUCGCUCCUCCUGUCUCUCUUUGCUGUGCUCUCUCGCCACGCUCUCUCUCGCUCUCUGUCUGCCUCCCUCUCUCUCUCUCUCGCUCUCUGCCCCCUUCCCUCUCUCUCU